UCCCAUUCGAAUGCAAUUCGUUUUUCGUUGAUUUCUCGCAGUCGUCGGCAUUUCGUUUGGGGAAGCGAAGCCCCAGCGCAAUCAGUGGCAACGUCUCACAAUCUCAGUGACACGCCGUCGGUACGGUACACGGAGUCGGGAGUCGUCAACGGACACGUACACGGACACGGACACACGGGGUCCCCAACAACAAUCGAAUCGAAUCGAAUCGCAUUCAUUCAUUCACCAAAUCUAUAUUCAAAUAUUCGACCAAAAUAUUCAAAUGUCUAUCCAACGAAAUGGCUGAAACCAAAAUUUUAAUUCUAAAUCUCACCCAAACCAAGUGCGCGUUGUGAGUGUUUUGUGUUGGAGUGUUUUAUGUAAUAUUCAAAUUGUUCAGACACAAUUAAGGAUCAACUUAAGCAACAACCAUCCAGCAACGUUUAACCACUAUUCAACAACGUUCAACAACAAUCAAAUCAGAAACUUCAACAACAACGGCAACAUCCACAACAACUUAAGCUGCAUCGUCCCCAACAAUCUUACCUGCAACAUUCACAAUUGCAGCAGCAACAUCAUACCAAUCCUCACCAGCAAUAUGAACACCACAGCCAUGUUGAUGCACCAUCAACAGCAGCAGCAGGCCGCCGCCGCGGCAGCAGCAGCAGCAGCCGCCGCCCAACAGCAGCAGCAACAACAGCAACAGCAGCAACAACAGCAGCAGCAACAGCAACAGAACGGCCGCGACGGCAGCAACAGCUCUCGAGGAGCCAACGAUGAUCGACCCAAUGGUCGAAGCUCUCAUACGGGACGUGGCUCCAGCUGCUCGCCGGCCAGCUCGCCGAGUCGCCAUCCCAGCGCCGUGAGUCCCGUCAGCUCCCUGAAUCACUCGAUGAUGGCCCAAAUGCAACAGCAACAGCAGCAGCAGCAGCAACAACAGCAACAGCAGCAACACCAUCAGCUGAGUCCCCCGCCGCAUGUGGGAGCUGGUGGCAUGCCCACGGGCAAUGGCUUGCCCGCUGGACUGCCGCCGAGAAUGCCGCACGGCCUGCCACCGCACUCGCUCGGUCUGCUCAACUCGCUGCAGAUGAUGCACCAUGCCUCGCCGCUGGAGCUGAUGGCUGCCGCCCAUCACCAUGUGCCGCCGCGAUCGUACAACUCGCCGCCGCCCAUCUCCACCUCCGAUCCGAGCGCCAACGAGUGCAAGCUGGUGGAGUACCGCGGCCAGAAGGUGGCCGCCUUCAUCAUCAGCAACGAGACAAUGCUCUGCCUGCCGCAGGCCUUCGAGCUCUUCCUCAAGCACCUGGUGGGUGGCCUGCACACGGUCUACACGAAGCUGAAGCGCCUGGAUAUUGUGCCCUUGGUGUGCAAUGUGGAGCAGGUGCGAAUACUCCGCGGUCUGGGGGCCAUCCAGCCGGGCGUCAAUCGCUGCAAGUUGCUCAGCUGCAAGGACUUUGAUGUGCUCUACAGGGACUGCACCACAGCCAGAUGCCUAUCGAUCAAGCCACCAGAGAGUUCCAGACCGGGUAGACCGCCCAAACGAGGACCCGUGGGUCUCUCCCUGCCGCCCAGCCAUCUAUCCCAGCAUCCGCAGCUGAAGAAGCACCGCCUGGACAACGGCGACUAUGCUUACGAGAAUGGCCAUAUUAGUGAUAUGAAUCGAUUGGAGAAGUCGCCACUGCUGGCUAAUGGCUACAAUCCGCCGCCCAUCAAUCACAUGGCCUUUAUGCAAAUGAAUGCCCAUCAUCCUGGGGCGGCGGCUCUGAUGUCUCCUGGCAUGCCUCCGCAUGGCCUGCAUGCUCGUCCCGAGAGCCAAAUGCUGAAGGCCGCCGCCCAGAAUGCCGGCAUGUCGGCUGCCAAUAUGGAUGCGCUUGCCCGCUCUGGGAUCUGGGAGAAUUGCCGAGCUGCCUACGAGGAUAUUGUCAAGCAUUUGGAGCGUUUGCGGGAGGAGCGAACGGACGAGCGGCAGCAGGUGAUGGGCGUCAGUGGCGCCGUUGUGGAUCGCGUGGGUCAUGUCAUAGUGGGCGAUGUGAAGCCCAGGGAUCUCAGUUCAAGGAAUUGCUCCCCCACGCGCCAGAGUCCGGUGUUAAAUCUAAGCAAAUCCGGCGGCAACACCGAUCAUGGUGGCAGCAACUGUGAUGCCGGCAGCGAGCGUAGCGACUGCCACUCGGUGGCAGGAUCCGCAAGGGGAUCGCGCAGCGUGGACGAGGGCAGUCGCAGUGGCGGCGUUGGCGGUGGCAUCAUCGGCGUGGAGGACGACGAGGAGGAGGAGGAGAACCUGAGCGACGAGAAUCAAUCCGAAGCCGAUGAACGCUGCCUGGCCAAAGACGAUGAGGAUUUGAGUGACACGGAACGUGAUAAUCUGUCCACGGGUUCGGCGGCCGCCGCCGCAGCAGCAGCCGCGGCAGCAGCGCACCUGCACCAGCAUGCAGCAGCCGCCUCGCACCACCAUCAGGCAGCAGCGGCGGCAGCCGUGCACCACCUCGGUGUGGUGCCGCAACGCGGCUCCCCUUCUGCGGAGGCAGCCGCUGCCGCCGCCCUGCAACAUCAGCGCGCCCUCAACUACUCGCAGCUGGCGGCAGCCGCUGCGGUGGCCAAUGGGGCAGGUGCUGCUGUGGUCAAUGGUCCGCCUGGCGCCGUGGGCGGUGGCGCCCUCACCCCCAACGAGGCGCUGAUGGCGGCUAACGAUGCCACCGCUGCAGCAGCCCUGGCCGGCGGCCUGGCCCUGGGUCCCCUCGGCAUCGAUGCCCACGCCGCUGUGCCCGCUAGCUCCACGGAGACGCUGCUGCGGAAUAUCCAGAGCCUGCUCAAGGUGGCAGCCGAUAAUGCCCGCCAGCAAGAGCGUCAAAUCAGCUACGAAAAAGCUGAGCUCAAGAUGGAUGUUCUGCGAGAGCGUGAGGUGAAAGAUUCGCUGGAGAGACAACUGGUUGAUGAAAGGAAAUUGAGAGUGCUGUACCAAAAGCGCUUCCGACGAGAGCGCAAGAUCCGCAUUCGCUACCAGCAGCAGCUCGGUGGCGGCCCCAAGAUUAGCAGCUCGAGUGCCAAUGGGAAUGGCGGUGGCGCCUGCAGCGACGCGGAGGUGUGCGGCGGCAGCAGCGUCAGCGACGUGAAGUGCCACAACAGCAGCAGCAAUAGCCGCGACGGCGUCGAGGCGCUCAAAGACAACGACGGCGGCAGUCGCGGCGGCAGCGAAAAGUCUGACAAGUCCCUCAGCUCCUCCUCCUGUGAUGUGACCGGCCAUGUCACGGCCUCCACUGCAGUCGCAGCCUGCUCCGAGUCCCCCACCCACUUCAAGCGCGAGCCGCACUCCGACCACGAGGGAUCCAUGGAGCGCCAGCCCCGCGCCAGCUCCGGCCCCGAGGACGAGCCGCGCUGCGGCAGUCGCGAGCGGGACGAACGGCCUCCCAGCGCUGCUGCCGUGGCCGCCGCAGCCGCUGCGGCUGAGGGUAGCCUGGCCGCAGCAGCGGCGGCGGCAGCAGCGGCCGCUGCCAGCAACGGCAAGGGUCCGUGGAGCUAUCCGGGCAUCGAUCUGAUGGCCACGGGGGCCUUCUGGCAGAACUAUUCCGAAUCUCUAGCCCAAGAGCUGGAAAUGGAGCGCAAAACGCGUGCCGCCAACGCCGAGCGGGAUGUCAAGAGUCCGCUCUCAGAGCGUCCGACGGCCUACUACAAGAACUCGGUGCUCUUCGGCAGUGCCAACUAAUCCCCGACCCAACCGAGUCCAGGCGAGGUAAGCGAAGCUCCGGGUGGCACGUGGCAAGGACGACAUACAUGAUCUCAGAGUGCAAUCCAGGCGGCGGCUGCUCUUGAGUGGGAGGUGGAGAUACAUUUGUAAAUAUCAAACCUAAGAGUAAUGAAGUAGAAAUUGAGAAUUUUGAACGUUGCAAACGUUGGAGCGGCCAUUUUGUAUAUAGAUCGUAUAUAGAGAACUUCCGCUUAGAUCAAAUAAUCCCCAGUUGUAUAUAGAAAGCAGAUACGAAAGACUUUUGAUGUUCGGAAAGCAUUUGAAGUUGGCAUAGACCUAGCAUUUAGCAUCCCCCCCCCAUCCUUCAGAACGCCCCCCCGAAAAACAGAAGGAAUACCAUUUUUAGCAUUGCUUAUAAACACACUACGAUAUAGCUUCAAUUUGAGUAUGAUUAUAUACCACAUGUAAUUGCAUAUAUAUGUAUGUAUAUGUAUGUAUGUAUGUGUCUGUGUAUGUGAAACCUAAAGAUACAAUAUACUUAGAUAUGGUACAUUUUACGAGCCGCUUUUUAGUGUUUUAAAUGAUUUAAUUUACGACGUACGAGUACAUUUUUUAAAGCUAAGAUUUUAAUUUAUUCACUAGCCUAGCGCAGAAGUGCAUUAAGCCCGUAAUAAGUACUAAAAAAAGGAUAGCGUCUAAUACAAAAUUAACUUCAAGUAUUUCACUUGC